AUGUCUUCAAAAGCUUUGAACUCGGCGCAACAGGAAGGUUCUUCGAGUGUGAAGUCUGAAAAAGUGCCUCUGGUCGACACUCAAAAUGCCCCUACACAGUUGCCUUAUAAACUACAGUGGGUGUUUGGACACGAGAGCAAAGUGCCUCCUGUAAAUUUAUCUACACAGGGAACCAAGUCUGUGGUUUUUUCUGCUGGUUCAAUUGUUAUUUGUCUUGAUUGGAUGAAAAAUACACAAUCAAUGCUUGUAGGACACAAAAAUGAUGUUAUUUCUAUUGCUGCCUCUCCCAGUAAGAAGUUCAUUGCUUCUGCUGAUUCUGGUCCGGAAAAUUCAUUGAUAAUUUGGCACAGUAAAACAAAGAUGAUUUUUAAUAAAAUCUCUGGCUGUUUCCCAAUUGAAGGUAUUGUUAAGAUGUCUUUUUCACAUGAUGGGGAACUCUUAAUGACUUUGACCGGUGGAAAGCCACAAGUAAAUUUUAUUUUGUUUAUAAUUUUGCCUUUAACGAAAUUAUUAUUUUGCUUAGUAGUAAUGUUUUCAGCAAAUGCAUUCUUUAAUUUUUAUACCUUUCUUUUAUACAUGUAUACAGUGAAAUCUCUAUUUUAUGUCCUCCACAGGGAUCGUACGGGUCAUGGAAAUCCUGGAAAGUCAUGGGAAAAAAAUAACAGAAUUUCAGACCUGGAAAAGUCAUGGAAAAUUAAAUUAUUUAUAUGGGAUUGGAAAUCAAAAAAAGAAGAACCUGAAGACUCUUUUGUUUUUGAAAAUGAAAUAUUCUAUCAGCACUAUGCAGGCUUUCAUUCCAUGGAUCCCACACAUUUUCUUUCAUGCAGUCAAAGAAAUGUUUAUUUUUUCAAAAAGGAAGAAAAAACUAUUACACAUGCAGUUUUGGAUAUGUAUUCUUUAUAUGAUGAGAAAGCAUGCAUAAAAGCUGGCGAAUUCACUCAGACAGUAUUUAGUCUUAAUUCUUCUCUUGCAAUAACAGCUACUAAAAGGGGCAAAUUUAUCCUGUGGGGAAGGCCUCUACAUACAAAAACUAUUCCAGCUAAAACAUCAAAUGAAUGGUUUUUUAUGGACCCAAAGAGACGUGCAUGCAUUAGAGUUUUUCAGACCAUGGCGACCAAAUGUUCAAUACUCUUCCUAGAAGUCAGGAAUAAAUAUUUGAUUGCAGGAACAGAACAUGGUGAAGUGUUAUAUUAUGAUGAAGAUUUUAGGAUACAGUGGUCUAUUUCUUUAAAAAAAGGACCUAUAAUUUCUGUCUCUUAUAAUUUCAAACCAAGUAUUAGUUUUAAAGGAGCAAUUCGCAAGGUAUUUGGAAAGAGCAAAGAAGAAAAUGAUGAUGCAGUAGAAUUUACGGACUUUUUAGUCUGUACAACUGAAGGUUAUGCUGGUUAUGUAAAUACAGCCACCGGAAAAGUAAAAGAUAUCCUUUCUGGAACAGCUCAUUCAAUAAAAAGUGUUGCUGUUAGUCCUACUUGGCCAUAUAUUUACACUGGUGAUCAAAAUGGAAAUUUGAAGAAAUGGAAUUAUAACACGAGAUGUCGUUUCUCUAGACAACUUCUCAAUGAAGAUUCAUAUAAAGCAUCAUGUUGUGAAAUUGAAUGUUUGGCAAUUGAUAUUAAAGGCAGUUUCAUAGCCUGUGGCAUGUCUGAUGGUAGUGUUGCACUAUUUGAUGCUAUUGUCUUCUCUGGAAAGCCUUUCUUCACGGACAAAGAAGUUCUUCACCGUCCAACUAGGAUCCAGUUUUCUCCUGAUUCACAGCAUUUAAUUGUUGUUGACUCUGCAUCAUUUAUUACCAGAUACAGAUUUCAAUUAUUAGUUCCCCUGAAAACUUAUGAAGUUAUGGAAAAUAAUACCCCUACAGAGGAACUCUUUGUUUCAUAUGGUGGAAAAACUCGGCAACAUAAUGGACGUAUUGUGGACUGCUUGUUUGAUAAAGCUGACAAAGAAGGAUCUGUUUUAUUUUACACUUUAGGAGAAGAUCGGUUCUUGGUAGAAUAUGACAUAAGUAAUUCAAAAGCUAAUGAUGUAGAAUUAUCAAAGCGAAUGAUUCUUGAGAAGAAACCUGUGCCCAUAUGCAUGAGCUGGUACCCUUUAUUCGGCAUUAAGGAGCUAAUUGCUGUUAUUAGUGAUGAUGAUAAAAUGAGAAUUUAUAGUACAAGAGAGGACCAGCUUAUUCGUAUGGUUUCAUUGCCAAUAUUUGAGGAGCCUAUUAGAAGAGUUUUGUUUCUUGAGAAAGAGAAACUCCUAUUUUCUUUUACAAGUGGUCGACGUAAAUGUUUGGAUUACUUAAAGGAAGAUAUUCUGAGAUAUUUCAUUUUUAAAACUGAUACGAUGGUGGGCCUGAUUAAAUAUCCUAUUGAUGGAAACCCAAAUACUAGUUUGGCUGUGGAUAGUCAUCCAAAAGGAAUUAAUAUGUUGGUUCCUGAUAGAUAUCAGAACUUUGUAUUUACUGCUGGAGUAGAGGAUUCUUUUGUUUAUAUGUAUGAAAUUGAUCCAUUAACCUUGAUUGAAGAAGAAAUCAAAGCAUGUGAAGGAAUUGAUGGCUUCAAAAACUUAUUUCCAACUAAUGAAGAUCCUGAAGAAAUGAAGAAGAGACUUAUACUUAGUGUGUAUUCCUUGGAAUUAGAGUUGAAAUUAUUGAAAUUUGGAGGUGAAGAGCCUGUACUUAAGGGAGAAAUUCCAAUAAACUGCUUAGAAUAUGUAAUGGCUGCAAUGGGAUGUUUCUUGACAGUCAAAAAUCUGGAAUUGAUGAUGAAUGAUAUUAAGCAUGAAAAUAAAUACAUGUAUGGUGGGAAGAAAACAACUUUAAAUUGCUUGGAUGUUAUGAAAUUAUAUGUCAACUACAGACCACAAGAGUUUUUAUCUAAAGAGAGAGUGAUUCAAGCUUUUAAAGACAUUCUUGUGUUGGAAGAUGAUCCUGACUAUAUUUCUAGGAAUCGAUUCUUGGACAUAGUAUCAACACAAGGUGAUAAAAUGUCAAAAGAAGAACUGGUGAAUAUAGUGCGAUGUCUGAAGACAGUAAAACCUAAGAUUCCAUGGAUUGGAGAAGAGAGUGGUGGGUUCAAAAGUGCUGAAGGAGCUUCAGAUGGUAUGAGGGAAGAUAGUGAAAAGCAAAAAUAUGAUGAUUCAACUGAACAACCUGUAUUAUCAUUUGAGGAACUGAUUCCAGAGUAUAUAACUGAAGAAAUUUUCAUAAGAGAUAUUCUGUGCCUGGAACCUUCCAAGGAAGAUUUGUCUAAAUACGUUUUGAAGAAAGAGGACCAAAAACUUGUGGAAGAAAAGCCUAGCUUGAGUGAUUUUCUUUCUGAAAUCCAAGCUCUUAAUUUGUUUCAGUAACGAAGAGCCAUGUAUGAAAUUUGUCAAUGUUUCUUCAUAAUAAAUA